CCCGGUCAGAGUCCACUGGAGCAUUCAUGACAACACAAGCGACAUAGUAUCCACCCGAACACAGACUCCAUUUUGCGAACUGCUUGUUUUGUGUUGCGGCUCCCAAAUUCAUCGCUCGCGCCGAUCCUCAAACUUUUUCCUCAACCACACCUGAAGAAACAUACAAACACUCACUAGCUCGAAUACUUUUGCGCCCCCACUCCACACCACACACCGAUCUACUAUACACCACCCACCACACCACACCAUACCAUACGACAUCGCCCACCAUGUCUGUCGUUGGAUUGGAUUUCGGUACGCAAAACAGCGUAAUUGCUGUCGCUCGCAAUAAGGGUGUCGAUGUUAUUACGAACGAAGUCUCGAACCGCGCCACACCAUCGCUCGUGAGCUUUGGCUCAAAAUCCAGAUUCCUCGGCGAGGCCGCGAAGACGCAAGAAAUCUCGAAUCUCAAAAACACCGUCGGCUCCCUCACACGACUCGCCGGCCGCAAUAUCAACGAUCCCGAUGUACAGAUUGAGCAGGAGUUUGUUUCGGCGCCGCUGGUCGACGUCAAUGGCCAGGUCGGCGCCCAGGUCACAUAUCUGGGGCAAAAGACGAUCUUCACCGCCACCCAGCUGAUUGCCAUGUUCUUGACAAAAGCCCGUGAGACCGCAUCGAAAGAGUUGAAACUACCGGUCAAUGAUAUGGUCAUUGCUGUGCCGGCAUGGUAUACGGACGCGCAGCGCAGAGGCAUCAUCGACGCCGCGGAGGUAGCAGGGCUCAAGGUGCUUCGUCUGAUUAACGAGACGACCGCGACUGCGCUCGGAUACGGCAUCACCAAGCUCGACUUGCCAGGCCCAGAGGAGAAGCCCCGACGAGUUGCGAUAGUCGACAUUGGCCACAGCAACUACACUUGCUCUAUCUGCGAGUUCAAGAAAGGAGAGCUCAAGGUCAUCUCGACUGCCUACGACAGACAUUUCGGAGGCCGCAACUUCGACAAGGUCAUCAUCGAGCACUUCCGCCAAGAGUUCAAAGAGAAAUCGAAGAUCGACAUCUACGAGAACCCCAAGGCACGCGUUCGUGUGGCUGCCGCAGUGGAGAAGCUAAAGAAGGUUCUUUCUGCAAAUGCCAUGGCACCCAUCAACAUUGAAUCGCUGAUGAACGAUGUCGAUGUCCGUGGCAUGUUGAAGCGUGAGGAGCUGGAGGAGUUGGUGAAGCCACUUCUUGACCGCGCACACAUUCCUCUCGAGCAAGCGUUGGCGGAGGCCAAGCUGACGAAGGACGACAUUGACUAUGUCGAGCUAGUUGGUGGCUGCACGCGUGUACCAGCACUCAAGUCCAUCAUUCAAGGCUUCUUCGGCAAGACCCUCAGCUUUACCAUGAACGCAGACGAGGCCAUCGCGCGAGGAUGUGCCUUCAGCUGUGCGAUUCUGUCACCAGUCUUCCGUGUCCGCGACUUCAGUGUGCAAGACAUUGUGAACUACCCGAUCGAGUUCACCUGGGAGAAAUCACCGGACAUUCCAGACGAGGACACGAGCCUCACUGUCUUCAACAGAGGCAAUGCGCUGCCAUCGACCAAGAUCCUCACAUUCUACCGAAAACAGCCGUUCGACUUGGAGGCCAAAUACGCAAAGCCCGAGGGAUUACCAGGCAAGAUGAACCCGUGGAUAGGUCGUUUCAGCGUCAAGGGUGUGCAGGCAGACACCAAGGACGACUUCAUGAUCUGCAAGCUAAAAGCCCGGCUCAACUUGCACGGUAUUCUGAACGUGGAGCAGGGCUAUUAUGUUGAGGAGCAGGAGAUUGAAGAGCCUAUUCCAGAGGCCAAGGAUGGUGACGCAAUGGACACCGACAAAGCCAAUGGCGAAGCUACAGCGCCCAAGACUCGCAAGGUCAAGAAGCAAGUCCGCAAGGGUGAUCUACCACUCUCUGCCGGCACAGCAUCGCUUGACCAACAGCAAAAGGAUCUGCUUCUCGAGCAGGAAGGCCAGAUGAUUUCGGAAGACAAACUUGUCGCCGAGACUGAAGAUCGCAAGAAUGAGCUCGAGUCGGAGAUCUACUCGAUGCGCGGCAAGAUUGACGAGCCAUACACCAGUAACGGCUACGCAGACUUUGCCAGCGAUGACGAGAAGGCCAAGGUUCGCGCUAAGUGCGAUGAACUUGAAGACUGGCUGUAUGAAGAUGGCGAAGACGCCAAGAAAGCACAGUAUGUCGCCAAGUUCGAGGAACUUCGCGCAUCUGCCGCACUCAUCAUUUCUCGCUUCAACGAGAAGCGCCAAGAAGAAGAGGAGGCUCGCAGGAAGAUCGAGGAAGAGGCUGCUGCCAAGCGAAAAGCAGCAGAUGACGCUCGUCGAGCAGCGGAGGCCGAGAAGAAGAAGGCCGAGGAGGAGGCCAAGAAGGCUGCAGGGAAGGAGAGUGACGCAAAGCCCGACGAGGAGAUGAAGGAUGCUCCUGCUGAAGCCGAGGGUGAGAAACCGGCUGAUGUGGAGGAGGCUGCUUAGGUGUCGAGUGAACUUGCGACACCAGGCGCAUUUCCUUAUGUCCUCGAGGGUUGUUGUCGAAGUGAAGACGAGACGACCAAGGAUAAAUGCAUAGAUGUGGACUCGACUCUGAUGUCUACCGGGGGAGACAGGCGAAUGCUUGGUAAUGACAACUCGCAUAGCUAUGAGAGAUGGAUUUGCAUGAUAAAAGAAGCUUCUUUGAAAUUUCGACCGACUGCGUCUACUACAUCUUGCGUCUUUUACCUUGACUAUUGUGAGAGCUGCCAUGGUUGCAUGGCGACUGUAGCAGAACGAGACGCAUUGGAAUACAAGACCAUCAC